CGCGGGACCAGGUCGUCGCGACUUCAGCCAGCACCAUGCCGGCUCACAACAACCAGAUCGCCAAUGCGCACUUCAAGAAGGACUGGCAGGGCAACGCCGGCGCGUGCCGCGUGAAGACGUGGUUCAACCAGGCUGGCCGCAAGAAGAGCCGACGCAUCGCGCGCGAGAAGAAGGCGAAGGCCAUCUUCCCUCGCCCGACGGCGGGCGCGCUUCGCCCGAUCGUCCGCCCGCCGACGCAGAGGUACAACUUCAAGACGCGUCUCGGCCGGGGGUUCACGCUCGAGGAGCUCAAGGUGGCGGGCAUCCCGAAGAAGCUCGCGCCGACGAUCGGCAUCGCGGUCGAUCACCGCCGCAGGAACCGGAGCGAGGAGUCCCUCGCGCUCAACUCCAAGCGUCUCAAGGCGUACAAGGCGUCUCUCAUUCUCUUCCCGCGCCGCACGGCGAAGCCGAAGCACGGCGACUCCGAGGCGGGCGAGCUCAGCAUGGCGAAGCAGCUCAAGGGCAAGCUCAUGCCGAUCACGAAGGAGACCAAGCCCCUCGAGAUGGUGGCGGUGACGGGCGAGAUGAAGGACUUCAAGGCGUACCAGACGUUGAGGACGGAGCGCAUGAACGUGCGCCAGGUCGGACCUCGCAUCAAGAAGGCGAUCGAGGCGGCGAAGAAGGCGGAGGAAGACGCCAAGGUUGCGAAGAUGAAGUAAAUUCACGACGUACGAGCGCGUCGGGUGCUCGGAUAGUACCUCUCGCGAUGUGUGUCUGACGACGCAGGGUUGGUGGCGCGGGUCGACAUCUUAGCGGUUUUGAUCCACGCAAACGGAGGAAAUCUCCACUCAAAAA